AUGUGUAAGUUAAUAAUCUGGGAUGAAGCACCUAUGGUAAAUCGGUGUGCUGUUGAAACUGUGGAUAAAAUGCUAAGAAAUAUUAAUGAUUGCGACUUGUCUUUCGGUGGUAAAGUUAUAGUUCUUGGAGGGGAUUUUCAACACGUUCUACCACUAAUUCCUGGUAAAUUUUGUACGUACUAUAACUUUGAUGAAACAAUCGAUAAAUCAGAACAGAGUUUUGAAGAAGAUUUCUUGAAUAGUUUGACUUCAAAUGGUAUUCUGCCUCAUGAAUUGAACCUUAAAAUAAAUUGUCCUGUCAUGUUAUUGCGAAAUAUCAAUUAUUCUAAAGGUUUAUGCAAUGGAACACGACUUACUUGUCGAAAAUUUGAGAAAAAUGUAAUUCUUGCUGAAAUUACAUCCGGUGAAUAUUGUGGAAAGACGGAGAAAGCUUCAAUGGAGUACAGGCUUCUGUAUAGUACUAUAUAUAUGUUCAAAGAAAGUGACCUUAUAAUUAUAGUUCCAACUGAGCAUUAUAUCAACGACUCCUGUCCUCUUGAAGAUGAAAAAGGUAAAUCUUCAAAAAAUGAUUCAUAA